CCUUCAUUUCCGUUUGUUUCCCAAGAAACCAAAACAGAAAACGAAAAAAAAAAGAAGCACCAUGGCUGUCCGAGCCACAGUGUCCCGGUUCCCUCUCGACCAAGACGCACAAGAAGCGUCUGGUCUGCCAUGGGGAGUAACGGUAACUCCAUUCGCUCCGAAGGACGAGAAUGGGCAGUCACCGGUUUAUGGAUCAGACGGUGAUUCAUUACCGAGAUGUGAAAAUUGUUACGGUUAUUUUAACACGUAUUGCGAGCUAGACCAGUGGGCUUGGUCAUGCGCUCUCUGUGGGACUCUCAACGGACUCUCUUCUCGUGCCAUUGCUCGUUACUCUCAUCCUCAAUCAUGUGCUGAAAUGAUGUCCUCUUUCAUCGAUCUUGAGUUGCCUAGUACAGAUGAAGAGAUGAUGCAAGCUUGUCCAGUUUAUGUGGCGGCUGUUGAUUUGUCAUCUUCAGAGGAAUUUUUGGAGCUUACUAAAAGUGCACUGCAAGCGGCAUUGGAAGCUCUGGCUCCAGGUGCUUUGUUUGGGCUUGCGACCUUCAGUCACAAAAUUGGAUUGUAUGAUGUUCAAGGGCCUAUUCCAGUUGUAAAGAAUGUGUUUAUUCCUCCUGAUACAGAGGGCACUCUGCCAAUUGAGCUUGAAGAUGUUAUGCCUUUAUUACAAUUCUUGGCCCCUGUGGAGACUUGUAAGGACCGUAUUACAGCUGCACUUGACACUCUUAGGCCAACAACUUCUUGGGAACGAACCACAGGUGCAGGUCAAGGACUAGAUGGUGUUUUGAUGGGUGGACGAGGAUUUGGUGUAGCAAUGGAAGCCCUAUUUAAGUACCUUGGAUCAGAGUAUGGAAACACAUUUGCUUUAGCUAGAGUCUUUGCCUUUAUAUCUGGUCCUCCUGACUAUGGAGCUGGGCAGCUAGACACAAGGAGGUAUGGUGAACAAUAUGCUAGUAAAGGUGAGGAUGCAGACAGGGCUUUACUUCCAGAGCAGACACCAUUCUACAAAGAUCUGGCUUCUGUAGCUGUUCAAGCAGGUGUUUGUGUGGACAUAUUUGCUGUUACAAAUGAGUAUACAGAUUUAGCAUCCCUUAAGUUUCUCAGUAUUGAAAGUGGAGGCUCAUUAUUCCUAUAUUCAAACACUGAUGACUCGACACUGCCUCAGGACAUCUAUCGAAUGUUAAGUCGACCUUAUGCUUUUGGUUGUAUACUUCGAUUGAGGACCUCUUCUGAGUUUAAGCCUGGUCAUUCUUAUGGACAUUUCUUUCCAGAUCCGCAGUACGAAAAUGUUCAGCACAUUAUUUGUUGUGAUUCUUAUGCAACAUAUGCGUAUGAUUUUGAUUUUGCAAGCACAGAAGGCUUUUCCAGAUAUGCAUCAGAACAACCGGUACUACAGAUUGCAUUUCAGUACACAGUUGUCGCGCCCCCUGAAGAGCUUGCAGAUUCAGGAUUGGUUUCUGCAAGUGGAGGUAAACACUCACUUAAACGGCGACUAAGGAUCCGAACUUUGCAAUUUGGAGCUGCCCGAAAUAUUCAUGAAAUCUAUGACAGUGUUGAUCCUGAAGCCGUGCUAUCAGUACUUGUUCACAAGGUUAUUUUAGCCUCUCUAGAGCAAGGGGUUCGGGAGGGCAGGAUGUUGCUUCAUGAUUGGCUUGUAAUCCUCACUGCUCAGUAUAAUGACGCGUAUAAACUUGUCCAGUUUAAGAAUGGAAGUUCAGUAACCAGUCAAAUCGAUGUUGCAUUCUCACAAUGCCCACAACUGCAGCCCCUACCUCGGCUAGUUUUUGCGUUGCUUCGAAAUCCUCUUCUCCGCUUCCAUGAAGAAGGUGUUCACCCUGACUACCGGAUCUACCUGCAAUGUCUUUUCAGUGCCCUGGAGGCAAGCUCCCUUAAUCGUGCCGUAUAUCCAGUAUUAAUGUCAUAUUCUACGCCAGAUAAACAAGCAUAUCCUCGCCACUCUUUGAGCCGUGCAGCUCUAAUUACCAGUGGUAGUCCAAUAUUUUUCCUUGAUGCCUAUACAACUCUUAUUGUAUUCUACUCUUCUAUAGCGGAUCCGACAAUUCCUUUUCCUCCGCCUCAGGAUUGUUUACUGAGAAGUACAAUUAACAAGUUGAAGCAAGACAGGAGUAUCACCCCAAAAUUGAUUUUUAUCCGGGGAGGGCAGGAUGAUGCCUCUGCCUUCGAGAAUUACCUCAUUGAGGAACAGGAUGUUGAUGGCAAUGGCUUCACAAGUGUCAUGGGUUUUGUCUCUUUCCUUGAAGACAUCACCCAGAGUGUGAUGGAAUAUAUGAAAUGAAGGAGAAUAAAACCUAAUCACACACGGUACAGGAAAAUGCUAGUUUGCACAUUCAUUGGAAGUGCUUUAAUUGGAUAUGAAAUUUGCCAAAUGAGAUUUGGAAGUUCUGUACCAGUGACCAAGUGGGAUAUCCAAAUCAGUGUACUUUAGUCAGUUGGAAAUUCCCUUCCUCCACAGAUAAUACACCAAUCAGACUUAGGAAGAUAGUUUACUCUUUGUAUACCAGCUUCCAGCCAUUGAUGACUCACCUGUGCCUUCGGUUACAACAUUGAUACAACUCUGCUUUCUUAGGUGCUAGUAUUUUUCCUUUUCAGGAAAUCAACAGUCGGUUAGAAAACUUGAAUAUUUUCUGUUUCCUUCUUUUUCCUUUUUUUUUUUUCUUUUCUGUGAAAUGGCGAUUGAGUUGCUUGAGAAUUAUGUGAUGCGAAAUGUACUGUCCUUGACAAAUAUGGCCUUCUUGUGCAAGUGUAUUAUUAUUUUGACAGGUUAACAAAAAUCUCUUUAUUAUAUUUGGAAUGUGUUUGCAAUUGGGUUCA